AUGUUGAAGCUCGUUGAUGAAGACCACCUGAGUCUCAGAGGGUUUUAUAAGACGACCUCCUUCACUCUGUUCACAGUCGGACCAGAGCGACAGGAGUGUCGGAGUGUCGUCACCUGGUUCCUGGUCUUCUUCGCUGACUUUGUGGUCACCUUCGUCAUGCUGCUGCCCUCCAGGAGCUUCUGGUACAGCGGGCUGCUGUUCAACAGCCUGGCUGUGCUGGCUCUGGCCUCCCACCUCCGCACCAUGCUGACCGACCCGGGAGCCGUUCCAAAAGGAAACGCCACUAAGAAGUACAUGGAGAGUCUGCAGCUGAAGCCGGGCGAGGUCAUCUGCAAAUGUCCAAAAUGCUGCAGCAUCAAACCUGAGCGGGCUCAUCACUGCAGGUCAGAGUGAUUCGUACCUCCAGGAGGGACUUUAACAACAAACCUGCUGUGCUGAAAGAUUUAUAGAGGGAUUUUUAAUUUGCAUUAAAAAGUUUCAGGCAGCAGCCACAGAGCACCUGAUGAAUUAACUCCAACAUUCACUCUGCUGGUUCUGUUUUGGUCUCAACCAGCAGCUGAAACUUUGGACAAACUCAAAUGUUGAUUAGUCAACAACAUCUUCUGGCUCUUAUUUUGAAAAGAAAGUGCUCACAGAUGUUGUGGCAUUAUUAUGAUUGUGAAUAAAUGAUUUUUAAAUGUUUGUCAGGUCCAAAUUAAUUGUUCUGUUUAUCUCUGUGUCAGAAUGUCAGAACUUUAUUCAGAACUUUCUCUGAUCCAAAACCGAGCCCC